AUGGAUUCCGAUCAGAAAUUCCCUCUGCACGAGGCUGCCCGAGAAGGAAGAAAUGAGGUUGUCGAGUCGUUGCUCAAUGCAAACCCAAAAUCCGCAUACGUGAAAGAUGACGAUGAGCGUCUUCCAAUCCACUGGGCUGUGGCCUACAACCGACACCCGGUCGUGGAAUUGCUAGUCGCUAUGAAGGACUUCGACCCAGACGUAGAAGAUGGAUCCGGCUGGACGCCUCUGAUGAUUGCAGCUAGCCUGAAAGAUGCCGCAGGCGACGCAACGAUCGACCUAUUACUGCGAAAAGGAGCCGAUGUUUCUAUCAAAAGUCACACUGGACAGAAUGCGCUGCAUUUCGCCAGUUCCAAGGCCAAUCUUUCCACCGUCCGCACCUUGCUUGCCAAUAAAUGCAGCGCCAGAGUCAAGGAUAAACGUGGCCAACUGCCCCUCCACAGAGCAGCCGCAGUAGGGUCUGUGCCUAUCUUGAAGCUCCUCUUGGAAGAGGGUAAGAGUCCUGUCAAUGCAACGGAUGGUGACGGAUUAACGGCACUUCAUCACGCUAUCUCUGAAGGACAUGGGCCCGCUGCGAUCUUUUUGUUGAAGUCAGGAGCAGAGGCGGCAAAAAGAGACAAUGAAGGUCGACUGGCGAUUCAGCUAGUCCCAGAUGAUAAGGUCAAGCAAUACAUCUUACAGACAGCAGAGAAAGAAGGAAUUGAACUUCCUUGA